AUGCUGGUCGGCGCCCUCUUCUGGGGCCUCUCCGCCGACAUCAUCGGUCGCAAAUACGCCUUCAACAUUUCCCUCCUCCUCUCCUCCGUCUUCUGCAUCGUUGCCGGUGCUGCGCCGAACUGGAUCGUGCUGGGUUUGUUCGUCUGUCUGGCGGCUUUCGGGAGUGGUGGGAAUCUCGUGCUCGACACGACCGUGUUUCUGGAGUACCUGCCGUCCCGCCAUCAAUGGCUGCUCACGCUGCUUGCUUGUUGGUGGGGCGCAGGGCAGUUCGUGGCUGGCCUCUUCGCCUGGGCCUACCUCCCCAACUUCUCCUGCGGCGACCCCGCCACCACCGGCAUAAAAUGCACCUGGCACAACAACUACGGCUGGCGCCUCGUCUGGUUCUCGUCCGGCGCGCUGGUCUUUAUCCUUUCCAUCCUCCGCAUCACCGUCAUCAAGCUCCGCGAAACGCCCAAGUAUCUCGUCGGCGAGGGCCGCGACGCCGAGGUCGUCGAUACGCUGCAGUAUAUCGCGCAGCGGUAUAAUCGGCCUUGUAGCUUGACGCUGGAGCAGAUGCAGGCGUGCGGGACUGUUGGGGGGGCUUUGCCGGGGAAUCGGAGAGGGAGCGUCUCCGCCCAUGCGAAAAAGAAGUUCUCGUUCGCUGAGGUGGGCAUGCACUUGCGUGGGCUGUUCGCGACGAAGAAGUUGGCGUUGAGCACGUCGUUGAUUUGGCUCAGUUGGACGCUGAUCGGGCUGGCGUAUCCGCUCUAUAACGUCUUCCUCCCGGUGUAUCUUGCGUCCAGGGGAGCCGAGCUCGGCGGGUUGAGCCCGAGUAAGCAGUGGACGUACUAUGCCGCGGCGAACUUGUGCUCGAUACCGAGUCCAAUUCUGGCAGGCUACAUGUGCAAGAGUCGCUGGUUCUGGGGCAGGAGGGGCACGAUGAUCAUCGGCGUACGUACUCCCCAUCCCACCUAUCUUCCAGCCACACCACCGCUCUACUGCCUGGGCAGGGCAUCGGGCUCGGGCAGGGAGUAG